AUAUUUUAAUUUUUAUUUUUUAGGCAAAAUGGGUCGUUACAGUAGCAGUUACAGUAGUGGAACCCCUAGCCCAAGACAACAUUCCUUGUCUCCAAGACAUCAGAAAUCUUCAGGAAAAGUUAAAAAGACUCAUGUAAGAGACAGAGGAAGAAGCAGAUCACGCUCAAAAGGCAGGAGUAGGUCGCAGUCAAGAGGAAGAAGUAGGUCGCGAUCAAGAGUUAGAAGCAGGUCACGAUCAAGACGUAGAAGCAGAUCGAGAUCAAGAGAACGAAGGCUACAAAAUGAAUUGAAGGGGAAAGCUAAGGGGUUCUUGAAUAGGAAAGACACACACAGAUCAAGAUCUCCAGAAAGAAGUCGGAUUGCUAGGUCACGCUCUGUCUCUAACUCUAGAACAAGGCAUAAAGAUGUCUAUAGUUCUAGAGACAAGGAACACUCUGCAUACAAUGAUAGAUACAGUAAAGAUCAUGCUAGAGUUGCUUCAAGAAGACAAGAAAGUGAUUUUUCUGAUAGUGACAGGUCAGAAUUAAAUGAAAGAGACAGGUCAGAUCGCAGAAGGGGAAGAUCCAAUGAAAGGAAUGGAGGUGAAAGUAAGAGAGAGUAUUCUCCUCCAACACCAGAUGGGAGAUGGGGCCAUAGUAAAUAUUUUGAGCAGCAAAAGCAAGAAAGAGACUGGAGUGGAGGGUACCGUAAAGGUCUUAGUUACAGAGAGAGAGGAUUUGGUCGUCAUAAUGGGUCAAGCAGCCAAAGUGAUGAUUACUUUAGCCAUCGCCGUUUACAACGUCAAGAAAUUACUGAAAGUGGUGUUUCAGAAUUGUGGAAUACAUCACCUGUCCUCCCUCCAGAUGACUCAGAUGCUGCUAAUACUGAUGAUGAAAAAAGGAUAUUGACUAUAAGAGAUGCAAAGGAUGGAGAUUCAAGUUCUGAAGAUAAUAAGAAGAGAAGAAAAAAGAAGAAGAAAGAGAAAAAGAAAAAACACAAGAAAGAAAAGAAAAAGAAGAAAAAGAAGAGAAAGGUAUCCAAGAGCUCAGAUUCAUCGUCGGAUAGUGAUUCAGAUUCAGAAUUUAAUGAGCAAGAUUACAAGUGGAUUGAGAAAAGGAAAGAUAGCAAUGGUGAUAUAAUUGAAGAAGAUGUAGUUGGACCACUUCCAAAGCCACAAGUAACACUAACAAAGAAAGACUAUGGAAAAGCCUUGCUGCCGGGUGAAGGUGCUGCAAUGGCUGCUUAUGUGGCUGAGGGGAAACGUAUACCAAGGCGAGGUGAAAUAGGCUUGACCUCUGACGAAAUAAAGAAGUUUGAAGACGUCGGUUACGUGAUGAGUGGAAGCCGUCACAGGCGUAUGGAAGCUGUGCGUCUCCGUAAAGAAAACCAGAUCUAUUCAGCAGAUGAGAAGCGAGCUCUUGCUAUGUUUAGCAAGGAAGAGAGACAAAAGAGGGAGAACAAAAUUCUCACUCAGUUUAGAGAUAUUGUUAAUAAUAAACUGAACAAGAAAUAAUCCUACAAAUGACCCAGAUAAAGGUUGCCUAUGUAGUGAUAAUCCUACAAAUUACCCAGAUAAUGGUUGCCUGUGUCAUGAUUUAUCUUAUGUUAAUAUAUUGGUAUAUAUUAAUACGUAUAUUGUAGUAUUAAUAGUAUAGAAUAGGAAGAUUUUUGUUCUUGUAUAAAUGUAGUGAAAGUUGUAAAUAUCCAUAAUCUUGAUUUUGUUUUAAAAAUUCUCAUUAUUAUACUAUUAUGGAGAAAUCACUUUUGUAUUUAUUAUAUGUUAGUAGAGUGAGGGCAGUAGAGCACAGUUUUUAUUGGAGUGAGAGCAUUAGAGCACAGUUUUAAGUUCAGUGACUUUAAUGUGUACAUGAUUGUUUAUUAUUGACAAAAACAGGCAGUCCCCGGGUUACGACGGGUUCAGCGUACGAUGUUCCGAGGUUGAGGCGUUUUUCAAUUACAUUCAUCAGAAAUUAUUUCCAGGGUUACGACGCCUACAACGCUGAUCUGGCAGAAAUAUGACACAAAAAAUGCAAAAUAAUCAAUAUUUGAAGUUUUUUUUUUUUUAUGAAAAAUGCAACAAGAAUGCAGUUUACAUAGUUUUGAAUGCACCCAAAGCAUUAAAAGUAAGGUUUUCUUAGGAUUUUUGACGAUCUUCCGGCUUACAAUGCGUCUCAAGAACGGAACCCCCGUUGUAACCCGGGGACUGCCUACAUAGUUUUAGGAGUACAGUAUUGUACUGUAUCGUUUUUUAAAGGAAAUACUGUUCUUCACUGAUGUUACUUCUUAAUUCCAUUACUAUUUCAAUUUUAGUUUCUGGUGGAUUUCAUAUGGAAAGUUUUUCAUUAUGCAAUAAAAUGGGAAAAAUU